GACGGAAUCUGUCUCACCAGCCCGGAAAGGGGCUUCGCUUAACGUGGGGUGCUAUGAAUCUAACGUAAAACUUCACGUUUAGUGUGUCUGACGGUUACCUAGGGACGGGGAAUUUCUCUCACUUCCGGCUCUGCGUGCAACUGCUCCGACCCGCACGUCAGUGCCAUCUUAUGGUAAACUACGCGAUAAGCUCCCCGACGCGCAGGCGCAGUAGCUUUGAUGGGACUUCCGGGAACGUUCCCUGAGACUUUUAUGGCGCUGGUUGCCGCUUCGGAAAGGACGGCGGCCGGGAGUCAGGGCGUGUUUUAGUUCGCGCGGAUCCCGGCGGUGUGAUGCGGUACAAUGAGAAAGAGUUGCAGGCGCUGUCCCGUCAGCCGGCAGAGAUGGCCGCCGAGCUAGGCAUGCGGGGUCCCAAGAAAGGCAGCGUGGCCAAGAGGCGGCUGGUGAAGCUGGUGGUCAACUUCCUCUUCUACUUCCGCCCGGACGAGGCCGAGCCCCUCGGAGCCCUGUUGCUGGAACGCUGCAUAGUGGCCCAGGAAGAGCCCGGCGGCUUCUCCAUCAGCUUUGUGGAAGACCUCAGCAGGAAGUAUCACUUUGAAUGCUGUAGCCAAGAGCAGUGUCAGGAGUGGAUGGAGGCUCUUCGCCAGGCCAGCUAUGAGUACAUGCGAAGAAGCCUCAUCUUCUACAGGAACGAAAUCAGGAAGAUGACAGGCAAGGAUCCUUUGGAGCAGUUCGGCAUCUCCGAGGAAGCCAGGUUCCAGCUGAAUAGCCUGCCUACGGACGGGCGGACUGCUUGUAUUGGUUCCCAGCUAGAUGUGUUGGACUGACCUUUGCCUGGCCUCUGGCUAUCUUUGAAGGUGUUUUUUUGGAAAUGUCGUUCAAAGCCAGAGGUCCGGAGGAGGUGGGCAAGGGCUUGGAUCCUUGUUCCCAUACCAUCUCCCUGCCAAUACCCUUGAGUGCCCCCAACUGGGGACUGAGCCUGGCACAGCUCCCCUGUCCGUUAUUGGGUGAAUGUAUCAUGCUAGGUAACGCUGUGAACCCCACUCCUGCUGAUAGAGCAGGCCAUGGUGCUGGCCUUCAGUGCUGAGCCCGUUCUAUAAUAAAGGUACCCCUUUUCCAAGCCACACAGUGAAGUAAAUGGGGAGAGAUGGGGGCACGGGUGGCAGAACAGCUCUUCUAAGAGCUAGGCCGGGCUGGGCAGUGGUGGCACACACCUUCAGUCCCAGCACUCAGGAGGCAGAGACAACAGAUCUCUGAGUUCUAGGCCAGCCUGGACUACAGAGUGAAACUGUUUUGAAAAACAAAACGAAAAAGACUGGGCUAGGCACACACACACACACACAGCUUGUGGGACAGGUUGUUCCCAGUGUGCCUGGUACCAGGCUGGCUACCCUCUCUGGGGAGAUGUGGAAUCCUGUCUGGGUUUUGUGGGGGCACAUAUUAGUGAGUCCUGCGUAAGGGACCCAUACCACCUGGCUGUGAGCAACUUGAAUGCUAUAGGGGUGCCUUGACUGCGUUUUCCUCGGGCUCCUCCAGAGCUGUCAUCAUCCCUCAAGGGAGGUGACAGUAACCACACAAAGACAGACCACACUGAGAACCGGCUCAAGUGAAAACAGCUUUUAUUACUGUGUCUAGAGG